AGACAGCCACUUCCGCUUUGUCUCAAAUAUAAUUCUCUUUCUUUGUCAAACUCCUCUCUCGUGCGUUAUCCCGACUCGUGUGUUCGCGUUUCUCUGUCCCCCCCCCCCCCCGCCAGCCGCAACACUUUCGCCGAUCACACCCGCACAGGCAGCUCUGAUUCCCUCUUUCCUCUGCCCUCAAACUGCCGCUUCAAACGCCUUCCAUUCGCACGCCUGUCAUGGCCGACCCGCACGACAACGACGACGACGUGUGCGAGGAGGAGGCGCCGCGCCGGCCGUCGCUGCUCGACGUGCGCGAGGAGGACGCGACGAAGUCCUGCGCUCUCCGCACGGACUCCCCUCGGGCGUUCCCGGCGGUACACCCCGAUGCCGCCGCGCUCGCCGCGAGGCACCCCUGGACGGAGCACAUCCCGCUGUUCAGCGCCAGCAGCCGCGGCCUCGGCCCGAAAGGCGCGAUUGCGCUCGGUCUGUGCUACUUCCUCAAUAAAGGUCUCGGCAGCUACCUCGUCAACUACGCUCGCUAUGCGAUGUUCCGCAAUCGGUAUGGCGUCGACGGUACUCGCUACCAGCGUCUCAGCACGCUCUACACGAUGGGGUGGUCCGUGAAGGCCUUCUCGGCGAGUGUGUCGGACACCUUCGCGCUGUUCGGCUACACGAAGCGGUGGUACAGCGCCGGCUCGUGUGUGCUGGGCGCUGCCUUUGUGCUCGCCUUUGGUCUGCUGCCCGCGAAGGAGGCGAGCGCGAACACGGGUGCCGGCUUCAUGUUCCUGACGAACUUCUGCAUGGCGAACAUCGACAUCCUGUCGGAGGGCCACUACAGCCGCAUCCUGAGCAAGCGUCCUGCCGCCGGCCCUGCGCUUGUGAGCUGGAUCUGGGUGUUUAUCUUCUCUGCGUCGCUGAUAUCGGCGGUGAUCCAGGGUCCGGUGUCGGACCAGCACAACCCCCAAGUCGGCCUGUUCAUUUCCGCCGGUGCGCAGGUUGUGACGGUGGUGUUCUUCAUCUUCAACUGGUACGGCGAGCGGCUGAACAAGAUCGAGCGCUACGAAGACUUUCGGGUGGCGGAGGCGGCGCGGAAGGCGCUGCUGAGCUCGACGAGCUACGGCAGUGAGCCGGCUGUGGGCGUCGACGUGAAGAACCUGCACCCUGAGCUGUCGAGCGACGCGGAGCGCAACAUCCCCACCGCGGACGCCGCCGUGGAGGCGCUCUCCGACGAGCUCGUUGCGGUCCGCGCCGCGGAUGUUGAUGAGGAAAGCGACGAGGACGAGGCCCUGCGAGCGUUCAGCAGCAGCCCGUACAUGAGCACCUUCUGUUGCGGUGCGGUGGAGGUGAACAAGGAGGUGUUCUUCCGCAACUGGCGGCUCUUCGUGUACUCUGCGAUCAUGGUGUCCUGCGUCGUGGUGCAGUGCCUCGUGACGGUGUUCGGCAACUCGCACGACCUCGGCUGGUCUUCGCUGGCUGUGGCCGUGACGUGCUGCUCGGUGGCCUUCUGGGCCUGCACGUUUGUGGCUGCGAAGGCGAUCGUCUUUGUGUUUCUCGACAUGCUCCUCUACCUGCAGCUGCCUGGCGUGAUGGACAGCUUCUACAUGGCGACGGAGAAGUGCUACCCGGAGGGUCCGCACUUCAGCUACACCUUCUACAACACGAUCGGCUCCAUCAUUUCGAACUUCGCCGGCAUUGCUGGUGUGACGGCCUUCACGUACGUCUUCUCGAAGCACAGCUACUACCUGGUGUUUAUCGUGACCACGGUGCUCAAGGUCGUCGGCUCCAUCUUCGACAUCAUCAUCGUGGAGCGGUGGAACCUCUACAUCGGCAUUCCCGACCACGCCAUGUACAUCAUGGGCGACUCGAUCGUGUUUCAGGUGUGCAAGGAGCUGGCGUGGAUGCCGGUUGUACUGCUCUUUUCGCGCAUCUGCCCGCGCGGGUCGGAGAGCAUGAUCUACGCCCUGGCGGCGGGCUUCAGUAACAUGGGCCAGUCGAUGUCCAGCACGAUCGGCUCGCUGUUUAUCGAGCUGGUGUGGCCCGUGAAGACCACCGGCGUGAACGGGUGCGACUUCCACAACGUGCAGAUGCUGUUGCUGGUGGCGCACAUCCUCAUUACCCUGGCGGUGAUCCCGCUGAGCUUCCUGCUGCUGCCGCGUGCGCGCAUCUGCGACGCCAUCGACGUGGACGGCCACGCCAGCCGCCAGCCCCCGAAGGAGGCGGGGACGUCGGGCGAGGCGUCUGCGCGCAGCAGGGAUGAUGAGGGCCGUGCUGAGCAGCCUCGCCCCGACGAACGGCGCGCGUAA